AUGGGAUCUGAACUGAUUUACAGAGGCCACGAACCCCAUCCCACUUCAGAUCUAUACUCUCCAAAGCCUAAUAAACCAUGGUCCGCCGUGAUUCCGCCGAUUCGUUACAUGCUUCGUGAACAACGUCUCGUCUUCGUGCUCAUCGGCAUUGCCAUAUCUACCUUCUUCUUUACCCUUAUUCCUUCAUCCACCACCUUCUCUUCCCCCACCAUCUCCGCCUACACCUCCUACGCAGUUUCCGGAUCGGCUCAGUUAAUGAACCCUGGAAGACCAGCUUAUCGGUUUAAUUCAGGUGGGAAGAUCCCUUUGGGUUUGAAACGGAAGGGGUUAAGGAUUGUGGUGACCGGCGGUGCAGGAUUCGUCGGAAGUCAUCUCGUUGACCGAUUGAUUGAACGAGGAGACAGUGUCAUAGUCGUUGAUAAUUUCUUCACUGGAAAUAAAGAGAACGUGAUGCAUCAUUUUGGAAACCCUAGGUUUGAGCUCAUCCGACACGACGUCGUAGAGCCGUUACUACUGGAAGUCGACCAGAUCUAUCACCUUGCUUGCCCUGCUUCCCCUGUUCAUUACAAAUACAACCCCGUGAAAACAAUCAAGACGAAUGUAGUGGGGACAUUGAAUAUGCUUGGACUGGCGAAGAGAGUUGGUGCACGGUUCUUGCUAACGAGCACCAGUGAGGUGUACGGAGAUCCUCUGCAACACCCUCAAGUGGAAACCUACUGGGGCAACGUCAAUCCAAUCGGUGUCAGAAGCUGCUAUGAUGAGGGAAAGCGUACUGCCGAAACACUGACCAUGGAUUAUCACAGAGGUGCUGGCGUCGAGGUUAGGAUUGCGAGAAUAUUCAACACAUAUGGUCCUCGAAUGUGCAUUGACGAUGGCCGAGUUGUGAGUAACUUCGUUGCUCAGGCGCUUAGGAAAGAACCGAUGACUGUUUAUGGAGAUGGAAAGCAAACAAGAAGUUUUCAAUUCGUUUCCGAUUUGGUGGAGGGUCUAAUGCGUUUGAUGGAAGGUGAACAUGUAGGCCCGUUUAAUCUUGGAAAUCCCGGUGAAUUCACCAUGCUUGAACUUGCUCAGGUGGUCCAGGAGACGAUUGACCCUGAUGCAAAAAUAGAGUUCAGGCCAAACACGGAGGACGACCCACACAAGAGGAAGCCAGACAUCACGAAGGCGAAAGAUCUUUUGGGAUGGGAGCCAAAAGUGGCACUUCGGAAAGGAUUGCCGAUGAUGGUGUCGGAUUUUAGGCAGCGGAUAUUUGGUGAUCAUAAUAAGGACCAGGCUGCUACUGCUUAAGGCUUAACUCUCAAGGAAGGUAUAGACAGACAGACAGACAGAGAGAAAGAGAGAUAAACUUUAAUUGGUUCGCUCACAACAGUAGGAUAGGUGAGGAACGAGCUCUCGUGAGUGCCCAAUAUUUGUAUUCUUCAGAUUUAAGUGUAUUUUAUGUUUUAUGGUUUUUCCAUUUACUAAUAUUUUAUCUAGACAACAGGGACAGCUUCGACGUUUCAUUUAUAUAUUUUCAUACAUAAAAGUGUAUUGUUUAGAAUUUAA